GUGUCACCGCUUGAAACAGUAAUUGAGCACCUGGUGGGAAGGCAGGGCCAACCCAGGGGAGCUGAGGUGCAUGCAAUCUGUCUGAGUGAUCAGAAGGGCUGGAGCUGGGAUCCGCUCCUUACCAGACUUCAUUUGAGGGUUGGCAGUGGCAGCAAGCACACAUCUCUGGACUCUGAGGCUUUCCAAAGGUUCAAGUGUAGGAGGAAAACCUACCAAACCCAGAAACACAGUUGAGUAGAUACACUUUCAACAUGAACCGUGCUUUUAGUAGGAAGAAAGACAAAACAUGGAUGCACACUCCUGAAGCCUUAUCAAAGCAUUAUAUUCCCUAUAAUGCAAAGUUUCUUGGCAGUACAGAAGUGGAGCAGCCCAAAGGCACAGAAGUUGUAAGAGAUGCUGUUAGAAAGUUAAAGUUUGCAAGACAUAUCAAGAAAUCUGAAGGCCAGAAGACCCCUAAAGUUGAGUUACAAAUCUCAAUCUAUGGUGUAAAAAUUCUAGAUCCAAAAACAAAGGAAGUUCAACACAAUUGCCAGCUCCAUAGGAUAUCAUUUUGUGCUGACGAUAAAACUGACAAGAGGAUAUUUACUUUCAUAUGCAAAGACUCAGAAUCAAAUAAGCAUCUGUGCUAUGUAUUUGACAGUGAGAAGUGUGCUGAAGAGAUAACUUUAACAAUUGGCCAAGCAUUUGACUUAGCUUACAGGAAAUUUCUGGAAUCUGGAGGAAAAGAUGUUGAGACAAGAAAACAGAUCGCAGGUUUACAGAAAAGAAUUCAAGAAUUAGAAACUGAAAACACAGAACUGAAGAAUAAAGUUCAAGAUUUGGAAAACCAGUUAAGAAUAACACAAGUACACGCACCUCCACUGCUGCACAUAAAGUGUGAUAAUGAUGAACAUAUGUUUCAAAGACCCUCUACUUUUUUCUGGUGUAACAAUGAGGAUUCACCACCUCCUUGUUUAGAUAUCUCUUCCAUUACGCUUACUCCUAGGAGUUCUCCUGACUCUAGACUACCAGCUGGAUUGUUAAUACCACCACCUUCAAAAAGUGGUCUUCCAAAGCCAUCCAGUGAAUACAGCUGCCCGAGACCUCGUGCAGGCUGUGUGACACCUAAAUCGCCCUCCACUGACAUCUUUGAUAUGGUUCCCUUUUCUCCCAUAUCCCCUCAGUCAUCAACACCUACUCGCAAUGGUACACAGCCUCCUCCAGUACCCAGUAGAUCUGCAGAGAUCAAGAGAGACCUUUUUGGAGCAGAACCUUUUGACCCUUUUAGCUGCGGAGCUGGAGAUUUCCCUCCAGACAUUCAGUCCAAGCUAGAUGAGAUGCAGCGUCAGCGAUGGUUGGUAUAUCAUAUUUUAAUAAUGGUAUUUAUAGCAUUUAUAAUUGAAAUGUAUAUAUGCUCAUAUCUGGUGUUUUUAUGCUGUAAUUUUAUUUGUUUUCCAUUUUCAUACAAAUGUAGAUAUAUAAAAAAGAUUUUAAGAUUUGUGUUUUAUAUAUGCAAUUCUGUAUGUCAGGACCAUUUUCAUUUUUAGAAGCCUAAAUUUUUUAAGGUGAGGGUAGCUGAAUUUAAACUUACUUCAUUUGUUUGAUCAGCUGAUAUUACCGCUCUUUGUUUUCCUUGUGUGAUACUGAAAUGUCCAGUGCUGUUCUUUGGAUGGCCAUGAAUGAAAUGGUCUAUGUAGAUUCGUUACAUAGAUUUUUAUACCAGUACAGCCAUCUAUGUAAAUGCGCUUUCAAUUGGAGAUAAUUACUUCAAAACUUGAAAUGAGUCAAAGAUGCUAGAGGUCAUUUGUUGCUAGAAACAACCUACAAGAGGAAAGGUGAAAUGGUUGCCACAAAAGGUCAAACCACAAAGCAUGUGAUGUCCUCUAACAAGUCUAAAAUUCAGAAAAAGUUGAGAAGAAUGUCAGCCACUUUCACAGAAUGUUGGAAGGGACUUCAAGGAUCGUGAAUCUCCAACCCCCCUGCCACAGGCAGGGCCACCAAUCUUCCCAUUUAAUACCACAUCAGGCUGUCCACAGCCCCAUCCAGUCUGGCCUUGAACACCUCCAGGGACAGGGCAUCCACAGCCUCUCUGGGCAGCCUGUUCCAGCACCUCACACUCUCUCUGUCAAGAACUUCCACCUGACAUCCAACCUAAAUCUUCCCUCCCUCAACUUAAAACCAUUUCCCCUUGUCCUGCCAUUAUCUUCCCUUAAAGAGUUGAUUCUCCUCCUGUUUAUAGACCCCCUGUAGGUACUGAAAGGCGGCAAUGAGGUCGCCUUGUAGCUUUCUUCUCUCCAGGCUGAAUUUCAUUUCUUCACUGGAAUGAAUUCAAAGUUAAGGGAGCUAUUGUCUUUACUUUUUCAUAGCCUUUGCUUUUUCAGAGUACAGCCUGCAUUUCAGUGAAUAUAUAUUUUAAUUAAUAUACAAAGGUCAGCGUCUAAUAGUUCAGGAUAUUAUAUAUAAUAUUGCUAAAUUCAGCUUAACCCACACUCAGAGAGAGGCCAAAAAGUGACCUCAGAACCAACCAGUGGCAGAUUAGCUGGAAAAGCUCAGGCCAAUCCUUCAGCCCAGUCUCAGCAAGCAUGCCCUAGCCUGCAGAAAAGCUGUCUUAGAGAACAUACAUGUUGGAAAAGGAUGUGCAAGCAAAGUGGGGGAAGAAAGCACAGCAGAAUUGAAAAGGCACUGGAGAUAAACUCUUUAAGCAGCAGGUGCUUUUCUUUUGCAUCUGAUAUUCUGAACUUAAUGCAAUCAGAUCAAGUUCCUCAACCUCUGGGGGAAUAGUUUUACAUUUAAACUUCAGGGAGGAUCCAAAAUUCUUUCUAUUCUAUUUCUUAGUCCAACCUCGGCUGAUCUUUUUGGAGAGCUCAAAGGUCCAGCGUGUGUUGAGAUCCUAGUUAUUCAGCACAGGCAUCUCUCUGAAGACUCUCCAACCUCCCGUUUCCUCCACCCUUAUUCUGAAACGUAUUUUCAUCCUUUCUGUUUUGACUGCAUCCAAACAUUAUUAAAAUAAAUCUAUUUUCCCAGAAAUCUUGGAGUGAGGCAAAGUUUCCCUGGAUCUUGAAUCAUACUAGCAACAGCUGCUAUGAUUUAUUAAAAUCUCAAGGUAGUUAACAUUAUAAAGCCUGCAGGAUCUGCAGACCAUUCUCCCUGCGCAGCCCAACGUAGUCAGGAGGCUUGUCUAAUUUCCAUCAGAAAUAAGUUAUGCUCAGCCUUCUAAAUUAUCUUCUCAAUACAUGCUGAUUUAUCAUUGGUUGACUGAGUUUGUGCUGACUUAAGGUCAUUGAGUGAAGUCGGGUGGUGAAGGGAUAAACAAUCUAACCUCAGAAAGAGCCAUAUGGGUUGACUUUGGCAGAUUUACCUUGUGAUAUAAUUGAAAUAGUUUGUGUUUUACUGCUUGUUGUUUUUAAAUGGAAUAGUAAAAAAGAAAGAAAAAAAAACUAACUGGGAAUUUUGGAAGAUGGGUUGUUUUCAGAUUACUUUUCAUAUUGGAAAUAAGCUUUGCAUCUCUAGGAGACCCAUCACAUGUUAGAUAAUGUUGUUGUUUUUCUGUGUAACUAAGAUGUUCAGUGCUUGUGUUAAGUCAACUUGGAAGUGAAAAAGCGCUGUCAAGUAGAUAUGAGCACGUAAGCAAAGCACAGUGUAGGUGUACAUUUUAUAGCUCUUCAUGUUCCAUUUCCUGUCCAGCAUCAGGGAUGGUCUUUGUCUGCAUUCCUUCAAAAUCAGCCAAUUUGAGAUACUUUCUGACCAAAUGUUACUGUUCCCUGAGCCCUGACAGAACAAAAAGCUGUGGUGGAUAUGGUUUAUAAUGAAAAGGCAAUGUGUUAUGCUAAGAGCCUGAAAUGUUUAAAUUUAAUAUUUAAAAUACUCAGUAUUAAAAUUGAUGAUACAUAGCAUGUAAUGUGUACCAAGUACUGACCAUAUGUCAUUUUUAAGAAAAAAAAUUCUGCCUUAUACAUUAAUCCAGUCCAAUAGAAAAGAAUAAAAAUAAAGUGUAAUUUAUAAUUACUCAUCCAUUCCAACUGACAUCAUUAUUAUUACAGCUGUGAAUGCUGGGUUUUGGAGUGGAGAGUAGAAGGUAGUCAUAUGGUGGAUAUUAUAGUAAGCAUAUAGCAUCUUCAAGCAGGAACCAUGAAAAGAGUGUAUAAAGGAAGUGUAACCAAGAAAGCUGACGUAAGGCUGGAGGCGUUCUGUUAUAUGUUCUCUUACCUGCCUUAAUCACAUUUCAGCUGUGCUUGGACAUAAAUGAAAAUCUUUUCAUCAAAACUUGUUGUCUUGCAGCUUGGCUGACAACAGCUGAUUGGAUAAUUUUAUUUUUGUUACAGUUAUCUCGUAUUUUCUGAAGUAUAGGUUUGCAGAUUCCAGAAGUAUUGAAGAAUUUGGAGCUAGCUGGCAAAUACUGUGGGGCUGGAAUGGAGAUGGCUGUGGGAGAUCUCAAGUUUGUGUUUUCUUAAUCUUAAGGAAUUUGAUUGCAAUUCCUUUGCCUUUCUCUGCUGGAGUAGAGUGUUUAGAAGUUUCCCCUUUUUGAAUGCCACAUUUAAUGGGAAUAUUGAUUGAGGCAAUACAACUUUCUUUGAGUAUCCUGGUUUAUAAUCGGAUGACUUCUUUUCCUCUACCUUAAAUAAUAAUAAUAGUAAUCUGAAUUCUUGGAAAUACUGAAAAAUGCCCUGACGGUUCUCCAGAUGCCCUGAUGUCCUGUUUGUGGGUUUUUUUUGGCCUUGUGGUUGCCUUGAAAAGAUGGACCUGCUAGUUACUGUUGAUUCUGACCCUGUGAGUUUUGUGUGAUAUUUAAUAGGUGAAUAUCAUCCACAUUCACUCCGGUCAGUGUAACAGUGAGAUGAGUGCACAUACAAAAAGCGCAGAUCUGAUUUGCUCCUGGCUGGCCAGAAAAACCUCGCUGGACAUACAGCUAUGUUAGACAUGACCAAGCAGUUCUGAAAUGUAAAAGGAAAGAUAGGAGCGUGCUAAACAUGAACAGGAUGUGUGCUGGGUUAUAGGACUGGCAGAGAUCUGAAAGGGCUCCCGGCAGUGAUACAAAUCAAGUCAUGUCCUUGUUAAACCAGUUGCCAUGGAUUUUUCUACUAUUAUAGCUGCAUCAAGAAUCUUCAGGUUGAAGCAUAAACUAUCCCUUUACAGCCUCAAAACUGGCAGCUGCUUCUAAAUGACUUAAAAAUAUUAGAGUUUCAGACACACUGGAACUGAGAGGUUUAUGAUUCAGCAUUUGAACUGUCUAGCUAAUCCUAGGGCUGGUGCUCCUGUGUAAGCAGUCGCCUUCUGACUGCUGUUACAUCAAGAAACUGCAUCCUUUGGGUAAAUAACCAACGUCUCAUUUAUGACAGAAUGCUGGCUUGGAACUUCAAGCGAACUUCUGUUUGCUUGAAAUUUCUUUUGCUCUUCUGCUGAAUGCUCCUCCUGUUAGCUUGUUGAAAAGUACAGAAGGGAGGAGGG